AACAUGCGGUCACUAUUAAACCGGUAAAAUUAGUAUAAACAAUAUUCCGAGCAUUUAGAAGAUACAAACAAGAACUAAGAAUAAUGUAUAUAUUGUAAUUUUUAAGGCACCACAUGACUGUUGAGUGUGCCCACCUGACACACGAUAAAAGAUGGAUGAGUACUGUCCAUUGUGUCGUAAGAUGGGCAACUACAAAAAGAUAAGGGCUAUACAGGUGAAUCACGAUGAGGCAGUUUGGCUGUGUGAAGAGGAAAAGUGUCCCUGGCCCUUCGGCUACGAGGAGUUCAAGUUCAUUCCCCGAAGGAUAGAAGAAUUAUCGAAAGCGAGCUGUUCAAGGAGUGAACUCGGUAAGAAUAAGGAAACUACAUUCAUCUCUACUCAACUGGGUGUUUACACACCCCCUGUAACUCCCAGCAACGAGGGUUCCUCAAAAGACAGUGGAAAAAUCGAUAAUUUGGGGGUGACGACCCCAAGUACUAUGACUUUCCCUGUCACCGGUAAAAUCAGCCCGACAUACAGAUCUAGGGCAGUCGUCACCCACCAUAGAAUCAAAGAGGAGAGCCCGCAAGGGUCCCACGAAAAAUUAUCAGAGCCAGUCUCAAGUAUCUUUGACAUCGAUAGUUCAGUACCAGUUGGGAAAUUUGGAAUCACGGUGAUGCAACAGCCUUCCAUUUGUGAUAGUAACAAAGUGCAACAUGAUUUUAAGUCUAAACUCGUCAAAAGAAAAAUGACAAAGGUCCCUCAGAUCAGAUCUAUUGAGACAAUUCCGAGUAAUUUAAUUAAGAUCGAGGUGAAAGAGGAUUUGUCAACUAAUUUAAUAGUUUCAAACGUUCCAAUUAGUUCUUCAAAAGAUAAUUAUGCAAGCCCUGGGUGCGCAACAAGUACUCCCCAAGGGCCUCCACCGUCAAAGACUCUUGAUUUAGAAAAUAUUAAUUCAAUGCCUGAAGUACCAAAGAGGAUUCUCAAACUUUCCGAUGAUAAAAUUGAAGAGAAAUCUGCUCUUGAGGAAUUCUCUCAUCAAAUGUUAGGUGAUAAUCUCGAGCAAUCGAAUGACUAUUUAAAAAUGAUGAACUUUGAGGGGGGAAAUGAGGCUAUGGAUAACUCAGGUCAAGUGGGUCUUAGUGGAAUUUUCGAGGAACUGCUGGUGGGAAAUUUGCAAAAUGUGACUCAGGAAAUUGAUGAUGACUGGUUGAAGUCCAUGCUGGUAUAGACGUUGUUAGAGUAAUGCAGAGAAGGAUGGAACACGUUCCCCAAUACUGAUCCAUUGAGGCUAUCCCCAAUCAAGAUUCAGACUAGUCCAUAGAAAGGUAAUUACGAAGCCUCUGAGUGUGUAAUGAAAACUCCCCAAGGGUCUGCGCUACCAGGACUUACUUUCUGCACAAUAUUGAUGAAAAACACUUCAACACUUGUUGAACUUGGGGACAAAAUAUUAGGGGAUAGCCUCUUGGAAUCAAAUGAUUAAUUAGAAAUGACGAAAUUGGAGGGAAACAGUGAUGCCAUGGAUUGCUCUGGUCAAAGGGGUCUCGCCAAAUUUUUCAGGGAGUUGGUGCUGGACAAUUAGCAGAAUGUGAUUUAGGAAAUUGAUGCUAACAGACUCAAGACACUGCAGGAAUACACUCACUCAGGGAUAGCAACGGGAAGUACUUCUACUUGUUCGUUAGGUUUUCGUUUCAGUGAAUUGUAUUUUUAAUGGAGACUUUAGCAAUUCAGGUGUACAAAAAUGAAGCUCACACACUUAGGCUGUUUAGUGAUUACGAAUAAUCUAAGGAUUUUUGUACGCUAUAUUUUUGCAAGGGCAAUGAUCCAAUGAGCAUGCGAAUGUUGACUGCAGUAUUCAAAUCUUCACAUGUUUUACUCAUUAACUUCAUUUCCGUUUAGAUGACAUAUUGACAUUAAUAUUUUUAAUCAAUUACAUAGGAUUGAGGGUAACAUUGAAGUCUUGUGAAUAGAUUAUCAAUUUAGCAAAUAUUUUGGUUUUGACGUUAAUAGGUGAAACGUGUGAGAUGAGUGUAAAUAAAUAUUGUUAUGAGUUAA